CAGUCCCGACUGUUUAUGCUUCGAAAGACCACUUCGCUUGAAUCAUCCUGCAAUCUUUAUCCACAGAUUGCCGAAUUGCGGUGGGUGUUCGUUCCAUGGAGCAGCCCCUACAAAACAAAUCUGUCCAUUUUGCAGAGGCUUCCUGUAAGAACAUGCCCAGGUCUCCCUCUGCUUGUACCUCCAAGUCACUUUUACUGCAAAGCAGCACCACUUCAUGAGGAUGCAGGUCAGGCUGCUGAGGCAGUCUCUCGCUACAAGGACAGGCCCUGGGAUUACCUGGAGAGUGAAGAUUACAUUGAAAGGUAUGGAACCAGUCCAGUGUGGGAAGGCUACAGGAGGAACCACAAAGGAGGCAUUCCGCCACAGAAGACUCGCAAAACCUGCAUUAGAGGAGUCAAGAUAUGUGGGAACCCCUGUCCAAUUUGUCGGGAUCCAAACAUCAUCAUCCACCAUCAGAAUGUGAAAUUGCUUCAGCAGUUCAUUAGCCCCCACACUGGGAUGGUGUAUGAUUCCACUCGAACUGGAGUGUGUCAGAAACAGCAGAAGAAGCUAAAUGAGGCAAUCAACGCAGCACAAGAUCAUGGCUUCAUUCCUUUUCAGAUUCCGUUUGUGGAGUAUUCCGGAGAGGACUACUCCAAUUCCCAUGAUGCUGUGGGGACAACACCUUCUCCCCCAUCCUUAACCACUGGUGACACUUGGUAUAAAUGGUACAGUGAAAUCACGCCUGAUGAAAAGGAAGUGGCUAAAGUCAAGAAGCUGUACAAGGCUUACCUGAAGUGAUCAUUAUCUUUCCCAUAAUGCAAUAACUAACUGCAAGUCUUUGGUUUGAUGUACAUGUGUACUGGCUUGUGUGGCUCACGUAUUCAAAUAAAAACCUCAGACAUGAAAA